AUGGGCUCCAUCAGACCCGAAAUCGAAGAGUCGCACAUGCAUGAAGGCGGAGACGGAGUAUUCGCGACUCAGGAAAAGGGUCAUCAAAGCUCAAUUCUGCCGACCUUGGAGAAACACCACCCAACGCGAUAUGUGCUGGGAUUAUUUCGAGUGGAUAGUGCCGGAGAGAGUGGCCGCUCGGGGAUUCAUCCUAUCCAUUUCUUUCGUGUGGUCUUCAGGAGUGUUUGCACCGCUUCGAUGAUGGUAAAUAUCCUUUGGCCCUUCGUUCCAGCCGCGAUUGUCAUGCACUUCGCUCGACCCGACCUUCAUGUCUGGGUCUUCGCCCUCAAUUAUAUCGCCAUGGUCCCGUCCGCGAACGUCCUUGGAUUCGCAGGAGGAGAAUUGGCCAAAAAGCUACCCAAAACCUUGGGAGUCCUACUGGAGACGGGAAUUAGUUGCUCAGUGGAACUCGUGCUGUUCAUGGUGUUGCUUCACAAUGACAAGAAGGGUGAGGGUAACCUCAUUCCGGUCAUCCAAGCUGCAAUUCUCGGGUCUAUUCUCGCAAACCUACUGCUUUGCCUGGGCACCUGCUUUUUUGUUGGAGGCCUCCGGCGAAAUGAGCAAGAGUUCCACGGGGCCAUCAGUGAGGUGGGCACAGGAUUGUUGCUGGUCGCUGGGUUUGGCUUGCUGAUUCCCAGCGCUUUCUACUCCGCGCUAAAGUCUGCUACCAAUACGGAGUUUACGCUGGCCAUGCUAGAGGAUUAUACCAUGCAGAUUAGUCGUGCCACAGCCGUGGUACUUCUCAUCGCAUUUAUUGUAUUCCUCAUUUUCAAUCUGCACAGCCACAACACAAUGUUUGACGACAUCUUGGAGACUGAUGAGGCCCAAGAUGAGGACAGACAUAAAGAAUUGAACAGGGCAAAGCUCACCUUCGCAGAAUGCUUGGUGGCGAUUGUGAUCGCCCUGACCUGUGUUAGCUUAUCGGCAGUGUUCCUGGUGCAAGAGAUUGAGCAUAUCGUGGCCCUUGGAGUCUCCGACAAUUUUCUGGGAUUAAUUUUGGUUCCACUGGUUGAGAAGGCUGCUGAGCAUCUGACGGCAGUGGACGAAGCCUGGGAUAACCAAAUCAACUACGCCCUCUUCCAUUGCAUGGCUCCCUCCAUUCAGACCGCUCUGCUCAAUGCGCCAUUGGCAGUCAUUGUGGGCUGGGGCCUAGACAAGGAUAUGAGCCUCAACUUCGAGAUCUUCAUGGUCGUUCUUCUGGUGUUGUCGAUUCUGGUCGUAGGCAAUUUCUUGCGAGAUGGCAAGUCAAACUACUUGGAAGGAGCUCUAUGUGUGUUGAUCUAUGUUAUUAUUGCGGUCACUACUUGGUAUUAUCCCAAGGUCGACGUGGCGUCGACUAAUCAAGCCUAA